AUGACACUUCCAGUCCUUCAGAACACCGGGGUCCUCUACAGACGGGUCCUGGCCCAGUUCCCUCAGGACAUCAGUCUGGCCUUCGCCUAUGGAUCCGGAGUGUUCAGACAGCACGGGACCAGCCAGGGGCAAAUGGACAAAAACAUGUUGGACUUUGUGUUUGCUGUGGACGACCCGGUGACGUGGCACACAUUGAACCUGCUCCAAAACCGGAAACACUACUCCAUCCUGAAGUUGCUGGGACCCACAAAGAUUAGCACCAUCCAAGACGAGCACGGAGCCUCUGUCUACUACAACACACUGGUCCCUGUGGAUGGCAAGGUGAUAAAGUACGGGGUCAUCAGCACUGACUCACUGAUCCAGGACCUACUGCACUGGAACACCCUGUAUGUCGCUGGGAGGCUCCACAAACCGAACACAUAUCCGUUGGGGGGGGGGGUGCGGGGGGGGGGGGGUCCGGGGGGGGGGGGGGGGGGGCGAUACGGAAUGAGUAGGGGGGGGGGGUGUGGUGGUUGGUUGGGGGGGGGGGGGGGGGGGUGUGGUAGGUGGGGGGGUGGGGGUGGGGGGGGGUGGGGUGGUGUUUUGGGGGGUUGGGUGGUUGGGGGGGGUGGGGGGGGUGGGGGGGGGGGGGGUUUGGGUGGGGGGGGGGGGGGGGGGGGGGGGUGGGGGGGGGGGGGGGGGGGGGGUUUGUGUGGGGGGUGGAUUGGUUUUGGAUGUCCCAUAAUGACUGGCCGAGCUCAGCCCUCUGAGUCGUCCCCCGGCGGUCCCGCGUGUCCUCCUGCUGGACUAUUAGCUGAGGCACAUGGCCUGGCCACCUGCAGUGACAUGGAGUCUGCCUGGAGUCACAUGGCCUGGCCUCUUCGCUGGGGCGCACACUGCGUGAGCCCACGGGACACUCAGCUCCACCUGCAUUACCCAAGCGAACAGCACUACGACUCUAGACGCAAGCCCCAGACGCAGACCUAG